GUAAAUAAUUGUUAAGAUGGGAUAUGUCAUUAGAAAUAUUUUUAUGCUGACUUUUUUGACUGUACCAUUCGAAGCUAUAACAGUCAGCCCUUCACUUUGCCCUACUAAUAAGAUAGCUCCUCACAAAAGGAUCACGAGCUGGGAAAGACCGAGUUCUCGUACUUUUGGAGCAUUUUAUGAUCUUCUCACACCCAAUUCUCCACAAAAUAACAAUCAAGAUACGCUUCAAGAGGAACCUCAAGAAGACCAACCUGAUGAUUGUGGGGAAAUAGAGGAUUAUGAUGAAAAUGAUAUUAGUACGGCAUCACAACAGACUAGAAGAAGACAAGAUCGGUCGGAAAACCGAUUUAUAUUUAGCAACGUAUUCCACAAACCUCCAUACCACGAAAUACAACGUCCAACUACUCCUUCAUAUCCCAUAACGCGGCCUCCGAGACCUCAACCGCCCAACAACCAUUACCCACCCCAUAGGCCACCAUAUUGGUCUGGAGGAUUGUUCAGCAAUAAUCAAUAUCAUCCCCCCUCAAACGAGAAUCCCACAAACAACUAUAAACCAGUAUACGAGUCAGCGCAUUAUACUGACGUGUCACAGACAUAUCGGCCCGGCGUGGUAGGAGGCCCCAUCAAUCACGUGGUGGGUGUUACACAAGUUCGACCUACAACAACUUUAUCUCCAGUUGAGAGCACCAGAAAGAGUCUCGCGUAUCUAUCGAGCUUACACCAAAAUCCUACACCACUAACAACAUAUUCAAAUAGACGACAAAGACCCAGGAAACUGAACGACAGCAGUUGUCUUAAAAUAAUGUUUAAUUUUAAUGGGAACUUGAAUAUUUUAAUAUUAGUAGUGUUGGUGAUACAUAUUGUUGCUGAUGUAGGAGCUGGUGCAUUUAUAUUUUAUUGGUUUUACUAUGCUGAUGGAACUAGUGUGGAAGCUGCCCGAAAACCUCUCGUUAUAUGGAUACAAGGUGGUCCAGGUUUAGCUGCAAGUGGCAUAGCCAAUUUCGCCGAGAUUGGUCCUUUAGAUAUGGAUAUGCAACCACGCAAUCACACUUGGGUAAAAGGCAAAAAUUUACUUUUAAUAGAUCAUCCUGUAGGCACUGGAUUUAGUUAUGUUACAAAAAGUAUUCUACUUGCUAAGAAUGAUCGAGAUAUAGCAACAGAUCUGUCCAAAACAAUAAAAGCAUUCUUUCGGAUACACAAGGAAUUUAGAAAAACACCGACUUAUAUUUUUGGACAAAGUUACGGGGGGAAAAUAUGUCCUCGCCUCGCAUAUUAUUUAUAUACAGCAAUUGAGAAGAAACGUUUGAAGAUGAAUCUAAAAGGCAUUGGAAUUGGUAGUGGAUGGGUCGAUCCUAAAGAGAGCACUUUGACAUAUUCUAAUUAUUUGUAUGAUAUGGGGGCUAUUGAUCGUAAUACUUAUCUGAAAAUCAACAUUAUCACCAAAAGAAUAGCAGAAUAUAUAGAAAAAAAAGAUUACGAAACAGCAAAUGAAUGGAACUUCUUGCUGUAUUCAACCAUCAACAAAGAAUCCGGCAUGGAAAUUAACUUUAAUAAUAUAAACCAAGUUAGUCCGUAUAGUGCUUUAGAUUUACUGAGCAAGAAAGUAAACCAAUAUGUGAAGCCGACUUUGGCAAUGGUAAACCAAAGUUUAGAAUGGUCUUACAUAUCAACGGAAGUUUUUGAAAAUUUGAACGGCAGCUUUUUGAUACCGUCGACUAAGUUCUUAGAAACUUUGUUGAAUAAAACGGAUUUAAAUAUUGCUAUUUACAAUGGUAAUUUGGAUGUUAUUACUCCUCUAGCAGGGGCUACGAAUUGGGUUCAUAAACUGAGGUGGCACAGCGCGGAGCAGUUCAAAAAUGCCAAAAGAAUACAAAUAAAUGGAUACAGAAAUGGUUUUUACAAAAAGGCAAAGAGGCUCAGUUUUUGGUGGGUCUUCGGAUCAGGACAUUGGGUCCCUGAAGACAACCCUGUAGCCAUGGAACAAAUUUUAGAUCAUGUGAUAUUUAGCUGA